UGUUCUCCCCAAGUGUGUUUGUAGUUUCAAUGAGUUCGUCCUGUGUAUUUUUUAUAAAUUCAUGAUGUUUUAGGGAAGCUGCUGUCUUAACGUCCUUGCGUGUCGUUCAUGUGGGGGACUAGUGAGAGGGGCAAAGAGAGAAAGAGCUGUGGUGGCUAAAAAGUGAAAAUGCACUGUGAACGGAGGAGUUCCUGGGAGGUUGGACUGAGCAGGCACCGGCUGCUCUGUGGAUACUGUGGCAGACAGACUGAGGCAGAGCUGCAGGGAGGACGAGUCUCUGAGAUCUUGACCGCACCGGAGCUUUGGUGAAAAGUUUGGGCAGCUGCUGAGCCCCUGAAGGCAUCAUGGUUGUGUCGGUGCGGAGCUGGGUCGCCAACGAAGGAGGGAAGCACUUCGUCCUGAUUCUGUGGCUGGGAGUUAAUACCUGGCUGUUCAUCAGCAGCUUCCUGCUCUACUUCACUGGACAGGAAUACCACUACCUCUACAAGAUGCUCGGGCUAGGGUUGUGCAUCAGCAGGGCGUCUGCAUCUGUGCUAAACCUGAACUGCAGCUUGGUGCUUUUGCCCAUGUGUCGCUCUCUGGUGACCUUUGUACGAGGAACACGGACGAUAUCAAGCAGAAAGACACGCAGACUGCUGGACAAGUGCAAGACCUUUCAUGUAGCCUGUGGCGUUGCCAUCUGCAUCUUUUCUGUUAUGCACGUUUCUGCCCACCUGGUUAAUGUUGUCAGAUUCAGUGUGAGAUACUCAGAUGACUUUCCGGCUCUCAAUUUGGCUCGCUACAGAGGAGAGGACCCCAUGCUGAUUAUUCUGACCACAAUCCCAGGAGUCACUGGUGUGCUGCUGGUCCUCAUCCUCUUCCUGAUGUUCAUAUCCUCCUCCUACUGUGUACGCAUGUCCAACUACGAGAUCUUCUGGUACACACACAACCUCUUCAUUGUUUUCUACGUCAUCCUGAUGAUGCACAUGGUUGGUGGAGCUCUAAAGUAUCAGACCAACAUAGAGGCACACCCCCCUGGUUGCUUCAGAGCCAACCAGAGCAGCACCGAGCAGCAGGGAGAUGAACUGGACACGAGUGGAGAAGAGGAGAGGCGAUGCAGCGAGGACGCUCACUUCCAGCCACAUUAUCCCCAGACGUGGCUGUGGGUGUCUGGUCCUCUCUGUCUCUACUGCGUGGAGCGUUUCUACCGCUACAUCCAGAGCCGUGACCCUGUUACCAUAGUGACAGUCAUCAGGCACCCUUGUGAUGUCGUGGAGUUGCGCAUGCUGAAAAAGAACUUCAAAGCUCGACCUGGACAGUAUAUUCUUCUUAACUGCCCAGGUGUCUCCUCAUUUGAGAACCAUCCCUUCACGCUCACAAUGUGUCCCACAGAGAACAAGGAAACUUUGGGCAUCCAUCUGCGAGUUGUGGGAGACUGGACUGAACGAUUCACACAGCUACUGCUUCCUGAGCCAAGGAUAGACAUGGAGAUCCUUCCCAUGGCCCAACAGAGGAGAUACCCCAAAGUUUAUGUUGAUGGGCCAUUUGGAGGUCCAUCAGAAGAGGUAUUCAACUAUGAUGUCAGUCUUUGUGUUGCCGGCGGAAUAGGAGUCACCCCAUUCGCCUGUGUGCUGCGGGCGCUGCUUGAUGGCUGGAUGGGUUUCAGGUUGCAGAGGUUGUAUUUUGUGUGGGUCUGCAAGGAACUCCAGUCCUUUUACUGGUUCGCAGAGCUGCUGUGUGCUCUGCAUCACAAGCUCUGGAACGAAAACAGACCGGACUACUUUAAUCUGAAACUGUAUAUCAGUCAACCGGACAGCCUGCAGAGCAUGUCUGAGGAGAAGUACCGCCCACUCACAUCAAGGAUGCAGAUUGGUCGGCCCAGGUGGAAGUUACUUUUUGAUGAAAUUGGAAAAUCCAACAAACAUAAACGUGUUGGUGUUUUCUGCUGCGCACCGAAGGGCAUCUCCAGGACUCUCCACCGACUGUGCAACUCACCUCAAUACAGUGGAACAACAUUUGAAUUCAACAAAGAGUCGUUCAGCUGAUUAAACUUCAGAGCUGGUUCUACACUGUCAGGGCAUAUCAGUAGAAGUCAUCUACUUUGGGGUGGAUGGCUUCUCAUUCAAUCAUGGGAAAAGUUUUUAGUUAAAUUUUAGUUCUUACUACCUUUGGACAAUCAUGGUUGCUUGAAAACAACUCUUGGAUUUUCAUUUGAUAUAAAUACUGACUGUAAAGUCAAAUAAUGAUAGACUAUAUUUAUAUUCAAUCUCUGUACAUGGUUUUUAAAGGUCCAGCACAUCGAAACAGCCUCUUGAGAGCUUUAAAUAAGCUUCGACUUUGGUUUGUGAUCCAGUCAACAUGUGACAAAAGCUUGGAGUCUCCUUAAGCUGCUGUAUCAUCCCUGCCCUGUUGCACCCCUCUGUGGAGUACAAUUGCAUUCUCAUGUUGGAGUCGAGUGUGAGGAAAAAGGUGUGACUCAGCCCUAAAAUGCUCUCAACCACAAACACAACAAGACAUUAAACAUGAGGGAAUUCAUCUACAGACCAGCGACUGAAACAUCACUCAGGGAUGAGACAGUUUUUAUUUAGGAGGUGGCUUACAAUGUAAGCAAAUCAGCUGAUAAUCAAGGGAUUUAGUUUAGUGUCAACUUCCAGCCAGACUUUAUUUGACCUUUACUUGACUGCAGACUCACACCAGUCAGGCUUGAUCUUAUUACAGUAUUAAGAGACUUAAGACCCAAGCCCCCACCUAGUUCUAAAUAUCCCAAAUAUAUGGAUAUCUUCUACAUCCAGAAUCAACUGGCCCAACAUUUGCUUUGUGAGCAUCUAAAAUAUACUGCUCACACAUUCUUAAGUCUUGCUUAUUACCAAGUUGUAAUCACCCUGGAUUUGUCGAUGAACGCUGACUAAAUGAUGAUUACAUUCUUCAAAUACAGUGCUUAACAAAUUUAUUAGACAUUAAACCACUAAAACUCAUUUCUCUGUUCAGGUAAUUAAGUGUAAUUUGGUAUCACACUCAAAAAAUAAUAAUAAUAAUAGUGUACUUUUCUAUUUUUUCAUAGUUUUGUAAAGCGGUAAACUUGAAAAUGGAUAAUAACAAUAAUUAUAUUGUAGCAUUAAAGGUAUUUCUAGAGAACGUGUGCAUACUGGUGAAUCAACUAUUACAGCAACAUAAAAAUGAUUUUAGUAAUUACCAGUACUGUUAAUUUAGGGCAGCUGUGGGCUAAACUUACACUGGGGCAAUGGUCGAAGAAAACUGUCAAGCACUGUAUGUAUUAGCAUGUAUGUUAGGUUUAAACGCUCAGAAAAGGGGGCAAGGAUUUUAGGUCUCUGCAGAUUGUUGAUCUGUAUGUUUCUCUCGCUGUGGAAGGAUUUGUAGACAGCCUGAAGGGAAGUGUGACAUUUGACAAAACUCAGAGGCAGAAAAAAGUAUUACAACACUUAUCUCAGAGUCUGAGGCAGUGUGGUUCAAAAAUGGGCACACGAUGAUGCAGUACACACCACUACACCUCAAGGUUUUUCUAGUUUUUUUUUUUUUUUGCUUACUUUAUUUAUAUUGUUUAAAAUAAAUGUACAAUUUGACAUGUCAAGGUUCUGCAGGAUUUUGGCAAUCUUUACUGAGUAGACUUACAGGUAUAUAACGGAAGCUGGCACAAUUUCAGGUUAUGAUGAUUUACUGGUUUUCUUUAGUAUUUGUCAUGUUUACAAGCUCUGAUUUUUUUUUUUCUUUUUUGAAUGCCACAAACUGGAGACUGGAGAUUUCUCCAAAGAAUAAACAUCUUGAUUUUUUUUUUGAUCAACUGAGUAAACAUUGUAAUUAUGAUUUGAAAUUUCUGACAUUUAUCUAAAUCUUUAAGAUCAACUUUCUUUUUUUGGCACAAGUAUGAAAUAAAUGGUUUAUAUUUAUUACAUCUUUAUUAAAUGUACUGUUUUCAAUCAU